AUGUUUGAUCCUUUCAGGAUCUGCGCCUUCACUGUUCCAGGGGCUCGGAGACCUUCCAUCUACUGCCCACCAGACGCGGACUUGGCUGUACAGAUUGUCCUUUUCGACCCUCCGAAUCCCAAUCAGAUGCAGUACAUGUCUCUUGAGCCAAUAUCGCUUGCUCUGGGAAGGGAAUACUUGGCCGCCGGUGCCCCCGAUUCUACACUUGACGAAAAUGGGAUCCAGGGAGGGAAAGAGCGCGAGCGAGUCGCUGAAUUGGUGGCGAAAUUGCGCUUUCAUACCGUGAUCAGACAUGUCCCGACGAAGAAAGAGUUGGCCUUACCUGCGAUUCUUCGCCAGAUCAAUUGCGCCCAAGAAGUUGCAGAGUUGCUCCAGAAGAACACGCCUCUUGUUGGUCCGCGGAGAAAAAGGAGCCUUUCUGUCAGCGAACGCGUUGUCGAAUCUGCGCAAUCACUUUAUACAUUUGCGGCGUGGUCGCUCUGGACACUCUUCAUGGCGUACGCCUUCCCUACGCUGUUGUCCAUCUUCAAAAUCGCCAUCAUUGGACACAGGAUUGUCGCCGAAGGUCUUCUGCAACUCCUAGAGUUGCCCCUACCUUUUCAGAAACUACAAUCUGCCGAGAGGCGCGGGGCUGUCAAAGGAACCCUCGCUCUGAAGGAUAUCUCGGCCUGUUGUCAGCAAGUCCAUCUUAGACUCCAACAGUUCUCCUACUACCCGACUCAAUAUUCCCUUCUCCGACGCCGCAAAGCAACCUGGUCAUCCUUUCCAACAACAAAUAGCGAUUACAUUCGCUUUUACAAUUCGCUUUGGCUGGUUGCAAACGAUGUCAUCAUAGGCAUUGCACUUGGGAGCUUCAUCAGCGACAAUGCGCAAGCUACGUCUCAGCUGAUCGGUGGAGUAUUGGACGAGUACACGAUUGAAGGUCUCAAGCGCAUGAUCAGGUGGCUCAUGUCAUACCCCGGUGGUCUCAAAUUGAACACGGAGCUUGCUGCAUUUCUCGGCGACCUCUUCUUGUGGGUCAUAGAGUAUUGGGCCUCGACCAUGGUUGUGCUCAUUGUUCCACGAUUGCCCACGGUCGUGUAUGUUGUCGGAUGCUCCUCUUUUGCUGGGGCCACUAUGCCUAUCGCCAUUUUCUCCGACCUCCUCAGCCUGCUUACGAUGCACAUUUACUCUUUUUACGUCGCGAGUGCACGUAUCUUUAACUGGCAGUUGACAAUCAUCAUCAGCCUCUUUCACCUGUUCCGUGGCAAGAAGCGGAACGUUCUCCGCAACCGGAUCGACAACUGCGACUACGACCUUGAUCAACUCUUGCUGGGUACGAUUCUGUUCACCUUGUUAUUCUUCCUUCUGCCUACCGUUGUGGUCUUCUAUCUGACCUUUGCUUCGGCUCGCAUGGCAAUUAUUUCGCUGAAAGCCACUCUGGACACCUGUCUAGCUUGUCUCAACCAUUUCCCCUUAUUUGCAUUAAUGCUUAGGAUCAAAGACAGUAAGAGGUUGCCAGGUGGUAUUCACUUUCAGCUGUUGGAUGCAGAGCCGACAAGAGUUUCUUACCAGGAAGAAGCUGAACGAGGAGACGAUCAUGAUGACAGCGCCGGCGACGCUGAGGAAGAGGAGGAAGGAGGAGAUGACAAUGAUGUGACCAGCGUGGCUUACAUUCGCUUGUCCUCUACCCCAUUGUCACUGCGUCAGAUAUUUGAACAGUAUUUCCAGCUCUGGGCACGCAUCCGUCAGCACUAUCUGUCACCCACGGUCGUGUUUCGACUCCUCACAGGACGAUUCGUACCGCCUUUAGGUCGGAGUCAAAUGUACGGGCUGCAAUAUUCGGUGCUCCCCAGACAACGGGCAACAAUAGCGGAGGUCUGGAAAAGCCUGAGUGAGAAUGAAUCGCCCAGCACAAACCAUGGGACGCCUGCGAAUCCGCGCGGGCAAAAGGGGUACCUUGGAGGUUAUGGAAGAGCCAUAGGGAAGCAAUGGAAAUAG